AUGCAAGCAACUUCGGCUCUUGCAAUCCUGUUUCCGGGAAAUGCCAUGGUCAAUUCUCUUUUGGCCACGUCGUACAUUUCCAUCAUUCCUAACUUACUCUUGUACUUUGUUCCUCCCAAUAUCAGUCCCUCUACUUUAAACGUCUUGGUGAAUUUUGCAGUUGGAAGUUUGUUGGGUGAUGUCUUUUUACAUUUAUUACCUCACGCCUUCAACAGCCAUGAUCACGGCCACGAUGAAAAGCACGAUGCACACCAUGGACACGAUGCACACCAUGGCGAUGAAUACAAGAGUGUCUUGAUUGGCACCGGUAUUUUUGGAGGUUUAUUUAUUUUCUACGCUGCCGAUAAAUUGAUGCGAGCUUAUUGCGGCAAAUCCGGCCACGACCACCAUGACCACGCUCACGAUCAUAAGAAACACGACGACGUUCCCGACAACAAAGAGAAAGAGGUAGCGGCCAGUACCUACCUGAACUUGUUGGCUGAUUUUACACAUAAUUUGACAGACGGGAUUGCCAUGGCUGCCUCGUUUUAUGCGUCACCCGCCAUUGGUGCGACCACCGCUGUCGCUGUCUUCUUCCACGAGAUUCCUCAUGAAGUCAGUGAUUAUGCCAUUUUAAUCAAGUCGGGCUUUUCUAAAAAAAGCGCCAUGAUGGCCCAAUUCACCACAGCCAUCGGGGCUUACAUUGGAACAUUGAUUGGCAUAUUUAUUGAGGAAAUGGCCCAUCAGCAUGAGGUUCAUCACCAUCACGGUUUGUUCGGUACAAGUAUGACUUGGGGUGAUCUCGUUAUUCCUGCUACCGCAGGUGGAUUCAUCUAUAUCGCCACCGUUGGUGUCAUUCCCGAAUUACUCGAAGCAAAAACAACAAGUAAAUUACAACCAUUAAAAGAAUUGGUUGCCAUGGUGAUUGGCAUGAUUUUAAUGGCUGGUAUUGCAUUCACUGAAUCUCAUCAUCAUUAA